AUGGCUGAGAGCACCUUUGCAGGGGCGGAAGGGAAGCGAAUGGCUGGCCAGGGGCUGGAGACGUGCAGCCCCAGGCCAGCCUCUGCCCCGGCUGGCGGGAAGAUGAGAGGCAGCCCAGGCACACCAAGGCUUCCCCCGGGCUGGAGGAGAGCAAGCCAGCGAGAGAUGAGCAGCAGCCAGGGAGCCAACAACGCGCCCAGCAACAGCCACAACACGAUGGGGCCCCUCCCAGCUGCAGGCAGGGGUCAUGCCAGCUGUGCUCUGCCCAGAGGGAGCACGGGGAAGCUGUGUCCCGAGAACGCAGCCCGGGAGCGCAGCCGCGUGCGGACCCUACGCCAGGCCUUCCUGGCGCUCCAGGCUGCGCUGCCCUCGGUCCCGCCGGACACCAAGCUCUCCAAGCUGGACGUGCUCGUCCUGGCCACCAGCUACAUCGCCCACCUGACCCACACCUUGCACCAGGGCCAGCCGCCCCCCGAGGCAGCCCCACUGGCGAGGGCACCCAGCUUGCUGCACCCCAUGAAGAAAUGGCCCAUGCGGUCCCGUCUCUACGCUGGAGCCUGGGGCGCGGAGGUUGCUGACAUGCCUGCAGCUGCCCCCGCAGUCCCCAGCAGCAGGAUGAGGAGGGGCUGUGAGGGGGGCAGCCCGGAGGCUGGUGGGGCAGCCCUGUGACACCUCCCAGCCUGCAGCCCAGUGCUCCGGGGCGGCCCCCUGCAUGGAGCCAAGCCCUGGACUGGCCCAGCCAGCUGCCUGCGCCCCACGGGACUGGCCUCGUCUCUGAUCUCCCAGACCGCUGGCACCGGCAGCCAUGUGCACCGGGCCUGGCUGCCCCGGCUGGCACCGCCUUCUCCCACUGGCUCCAGCUCUCCUAGGGGUCUCUGCUGUCCCCGUGAAAGCCCUGCUAGUGCCACACUGCAGCAUCCCAUUGCCCGGCCUGGCCAGCGAGGGACCGCAGGAGAUGGACUGAUCCCCUCCCUGCAGGGCGAAGCCAGGCUCCCAGGCCGAGAGGAAGAGAAGGGAAGAGAUGAGGGAGGAGGAAGCCUGGCUGGGCACAGGCCAGAGACCAGGUGGGAGCUACAUCACAGUGUGCCCUGCCCAGCCCUUGCUGUGGUCCCUGACCCCACGUUGUGCAAUCUGGG